AUGGCACAUUCAAGGCAUGUUGUUAUUCUAGCCCUUGUAAUGUUAGCCAUGAUUGGCCUUGCCUAUGCUGCAGAUGCACCAGCACCUGCUGAGAGUGACUUUCUAGAAGAUGACGACGAAUAUCUUGUUGGAACUAGAAAGGGGGAUCCUCCUUCAGCAAACGGCAUCAAUAUUGUGGCGGGACCAAUUGGAGGACCCGUGCAUGCAGGUACCUUUGAUAAUAUUGCACCCGCACCUAGUGCCGCCUCUACCAUCUACAUCUCCUCCAUCGCAGGAACAGUUGUAACUGCUUCAAUCGCUGGCUUCUUCUACUUUUGA